GGCGCUGCAACGGCGCGGAUGCCCCGCUGGAGGCUCUUCGUGAAACUGCCAUCCCGAUUAUUAGGUAGGUAUUUACAUGCGACACUGACAGGGUCUUGGCGUCGGUGACAGCAACAACUCCCGUUUGCAAAUUCCACGACGGUCCUCAUAUUCGUGCAUGAAGCUUCCACCGGUCCCAAUCUUCGAAGAAUGCAAGAUUUUUUAGACAGUCCUGUCCCACAAGGACACUUUUUCACCAACGCCCCCACUUGCCAUACUCGACGAGAGGCGACCAAGCACUACCUCCGUGCCUCGCAUUUCAAUGAACCGCGACCUGCAAACGACGGCGACAUUCUCAAGGUACUGCACGAGAUCACCCACCCAUUCUCCAUGGGCCAGAUUGUCGACCGAGAGAUCAGUGUCCGACAAGAUCAGUCAGUAUGCAAGUCUGUUAGAAUCGGCCGAUCUGACCUGAGUGCGGAAAAACGCAACCUUGAGCUCGUCAAGGCAAAUACGAAUGUUCCGGUGCCUCACGUCGGCAAGUACUAUCGAUCCGCGGACUUUGAACACCUCCUCAUGGACAGGAUGCCGGGGACAACACUAGAAAGGGCUUGGCCCAUGUUGUCAGUUCAGGAGCGGGAAUCCGUUGCUGAUCAGGUUGUGACCUUCAUCCAUCAACUUCGCCAGCUGCAAUCGUCGAAUAUUCAAGCCGCGCUUCUCCAGAGACAGCCACUUCGCACUGGUCUACGAACUGCCACGGAUUUCUGUAGGGAGAGAGUCAGGGACUACUCAUGGAAUGAGGACAUUACUGCAUUUGUUGACGAUCGAAGCGCAGCAGUCAGCAAGCAGCCGAACGUGUUCACACAUGGAGAUUUGGAUUGGGGCAACAUUAUGGUCGCCAACGGCCAGGUUUGUGGUAUAAUCGACUUGGAAAGCAGUGGCUUCUUCCCUCCAUGCUGGGAAUGGGUUACGGUCAAAAGGCUAUCCCAAGGUCACCCUGAUGGCUCUUGGUUCUGUCUCUUGGAGCAGCGAUUGCGCAAUGUUGACUGUUCCGAAUGGGACAGGAUGUAGGAGGUCGAGCAGCUUAUUAUAGCCUUGAGUCGACAUUCGCAGUGGGCUUUGACACCCGAAGCCCGGCAGGCAAACCGAACGAGAGGAUGGCUCGAACUCGCCCAGAUUCUAGGCAAGGACCAGGGUGACCCGCCUCUGGCCGCCUAUUCCACUGCGUCGGAACAUCCCUGGUGGCUCGAGUUAGUAAGCCGAAGUGAUUGGGCUAGGGAGCAGAAAGGGGAGCAGACGGCAGCCGGCUAAU